AUGUGAUCAGGAGCUUCCAAAAGUCCCCAGUGUCCUUGCCUUGCUGUCCAAGCCCUGGAGACGCAGCUGAGGACAUUCUGCUUUGUGUCUCUAGGACGUAUGUCUACGACCACUACAGUAGCAGAUGGUAAGAAUGGAUCUGUUCCAUCAUCCAUGAGAAUGGGCAAGAAAUCAGUUACAGAAGACCUUGUGACAACAUUCAGCUCCCCAGCAGCAUGGCUUCUUGUUGUGGCUCUGAUUGUUACCUGGUCAGCAGUAGCUAUUGUAAUGUUUGACCUGGUGGAUUACAAAGCCUUUGCAGCCAGCUAUUCACAGCGUUGCGAUGAUCCCUGUUUACCACCUGGAAGAUCUGUUAACAAGCUCAGCACAGAACCACUGAGAAUCAUUCAUGAGACACUGGAAGAAUCCACUGACUGGCUUUAUGGCUUUAUUUCUUUACUGUCUGACAUCAUAUGGAGUGACGAUGAUGACAAUGAUGAAGGUGAAGUGGAAUCUUCUGUGAUAAAAGAAAUUCAUAAAGAGAAAACAGAGAGAUAUGAAAAACGAACAACACCGAAAGUAAUUCACAGAGAGAAGCCUCAAAAACAAGAAAGAAAUGAAAGGAAGGAACAUCUGAAAGUGACACACAAAGACAGAUCAGAAAAACCUGAAAAAAGGGAGAGGCAUACAGUGAUCCACAGAGAGAAAUCUGAAAAGCCAGAAAAGCAUGAAAAAAAAGCACCUUCUAAAGUAAUUCAGAAACACAAACUUGAAAGACAUGAAAGAACUGAAAAGAAACCUCCUCCCAAAGAGGAGAAGAAAGUAAAGCACACCAAAGUGGAAACAAAAGUUAAAAAGGAAGUGAAGGACGGAAAAGGAGAAGCAAAGAUGACCGAGAAGAUCAAGCAGACAGAGACUAAAACAACAGAAGUUGGGUUAAUAAAGGCCAAACCGAAAUUCAAGGAGGAGAAAGCUCUUCAGCCUCUUACUAAAUCGGAAAAGAAAGAUCAAUAUGCGUUCUGUCGCUAUGUGAUUGACAUGUUUGCGCACAGGGAUUUUUAUCCAGGACAUAAGGAAAUGGUAUCACCUCGUCUUCUUCUAGAGCAUAGUCCAAGAAAGAAACCAGCAGCUAUUGAAGAGAGAAAGGAGGAAAAGAAAGUGAUGGAUGUAAGGAGGACUACCUCUGAAACUAAGAAGAAAGAAAAAGAAGGGAAAAAAGAGAAAGCACAAGAGAAAACAGCCACCCCUGAAAUUAAAAAAGCAGGGACUGAAUGGCAUGAAAGGUGCUAUUGAGCUUAAAGGGAUAUGUUCUUAAAGGGUUUUCUUCUGACAGAUAAAAAAGAAGCUGCUGUGACCAAAGAACUCAGAAAGCCAACAAAAGCCCCUGCAGCUUCUCCAGCUACUAAAAAAGCAGCAGCACCAGAUCACAAGAAAGAAAAAUCUGUGGAAACUGCAUCUGUAGAAACUAUGAAGUCAAAAACAGUACAUGAAAAGAAGGAAAUAAAAGCAACAAAGGCAGCAGAGAAAGAUAAACCAAAGAUGAAACAUGCAAAUCCUGGAAAAGAGAAAGAAUUGAAAUAUUCAGCUGCUAUCAAGGAUAAAGAACAUGGCAAAGAAAAGGAAGGAAAGAAUCCGACAGCUCUAAAAGAUAAAGAAUCACUGAAAGGAAAAAAUUCCAAGAAUCCAGAAGGGUCAAAGGAAAAAGAGACUGGUAAAAGAAAAGAUGUGAUGGCUCCAACAGUCUUAAAGGAAAAGGAUUCUUCAAAAGGAAAGGAAAUUAAAGUCCCAGCUAUGACAAAGGAUAAAGCUGCGGUGAAGAAGCAAGAGGAGAAGAAAGGCACUUCAGAGAAACCUCACGAACACAAGCAUGAACAUUUUAAACAUGAAAAAUCAAUCUCUCACACUAAGCCAGAGGAGAAAAUUAAACAACAAAAGACAGCUCCCACUGAGAAAUCAGUCCAGGCAAAGCCAGCAAAGCAUGAAGCAGUCAGGCAUGAAAAAGAUGUUCCACAUACAAAGCCAGUCAAACUGAAAACAACUGCAAAGUCAGCAAGUGAAAUCCAAAUAACAGCCCCGAAAAAAAGAAAGACAUCUAAGCAAAAAGAAGAAAAAGCAACUGAGAAGAAACAUCUGAAAGAUGAAAAACACAAAGGAGCUCCACCAGCAAAAGAAGCUCCAAAACACCACAACCUGACAUCAGCUCCUGUCCGCUACUUUCAAUGUGUUUUCAUAAAUGGACCUAACGGAUUUGGACUGCAGUUUCCUACCAAUCCUUCUUCAGACAAGGAAGAAAAGAGUCACUCAAAGACUUCCAAGAGAAAGACAAGGAAGCCAGGACAGUAG